AUGAUGAUGGUAUCAACUGUUUCUUAUCGAUUUAACGUAAACGGGCAUCAAACUAAAAUCAUGGCAGUGAAACGGGGGCUUAGACAAGGUGAUCCUAUAUCACCAAUGCUAUUUGUCAUUGUAAUGGAAUGCUUGAACAUAUACUUAUACAAAAUGCAGGAAGAUUGUGAUUUCAAUUAUCACCCUAAAUGCGAAAAAUUAAAAAUCACAAACCUUUGCUUUGCGGAAGACCUGCUUAUGUUUUCCAAGGGAGAUAAGGUUUCGGUUGAAAUGAUGAUGAAGACAUGUGUGAAUUUUUCAAAGGCUACAGGUCUAGCAGUGAAUCCACAAAAAUGUCGAAUUUAUUGUGCUGGCAUGGGUGAGUUGACAAAGCAGGAUGUAAUUGAAGCCUCGGGGUUCCAAGAAGGUCGACUUCCUUUUAAGUAUCUGGGGGUCCCGGUUACAGGUAAAAAACUCUCUGUGCGCCAUUAUUCACCGUUAAUAGACAAAAUAGUGGGCAAGAUAAAACAUUGGACAACUCGGUUGUUAACCUACGCAGGGAGACUUCAACUCAUAAACUGUGUUACGUUUGCGCUGACAAAUUACUGGCUAACAUGUUUCCCAUUCCCCAAAACGGUUAUUCAGAAGAUUGAAUCGAUCUGCCGCAUAUUCCCCUGGACAGGAGGUUUCGAAGGGAGUCGUAAAGCACCAGUGGCAUGGAAACAGGUUUGCAGACAGCGUAGCCAUGGUGGUUUGAAUGUCAUUGACAUUGACGAUUGGAAUAAAACAACUUUGAUGAAAUUGUUAUGGAAUUUGAAUGAGAAAGAAGAUUCGCUUUGGGUUAAAUGGAUACAAACUUAUUACCUUAAAACCAACAAACUGAUGGAGGUCCAGUGUAAAAAGAGUGAUUCCUGGAUUAUAAAAAGUGUGUUCAAUCUAAGGGAAGAGUUUCGAAACUUGGGAAAUCUGGAAGAUAUCAUGGUAGGAGGAAAAAUUAAAAUGAGCAAAAUGUAUAUGAAACUACGCGAGCGUGGGCAGCCGGUAGAAUGGAAAACGUUGGUCUAUGGGAAUAACGCGAAACCGAGAGUCAAUUUCAUUUUGUGGCUUUCUUUCCAUGGGCGAUUAGCAACAAAGGACAGACUGCUUAAGUAUGGUAUGUUGGAUAAUAGUACUUAUUGCUUCUGUACGAGAGAAGAAACAUUAAACCAUUUAUUUUUUGAGUGUGAAAGUCUAAAAAACAUAUGGGAAGAGAUUCUAAGAUAG